UGAAGCUCUACGUGUACGACCUGUCCAAGGGCAUGGCUCGCCGCCUCAGUCCUAUCAUGCUCGGUAAGCAACUAGAGGGUAUCUGGUCUGGCCCACCAGACUCAACAAUCAAGGAAUUCUAAAGCUGGCGGGGUCCAGGAGAAGGGCCUUCUGUGCCAUGGCUCCUGCCCUUUGGAACAUCUUACCCCUGAGGCACACCUCCAUAGUUGCCCACAGGGAUGAAUUCUUCUAUGGUAGUGGGGGAAUUUCAAGUUGUCCACCUGGUGGAACACUGCUUGGGCCUCCAGAUUCUAUUGUAGAUCUGGGAUAUACUGAAGUUUCAGAAGACCUCUUCUUAGAAUAUUUGUCCUCGUUGGGGGAAUCUAUAUUCCGAGGAGAUUCCUAUAAUCUUUUUGAUCAUAAUUGUAAUACAUUCAGCAAUGAAGUGGCACAAUUUUUGACAGGGAGAAAGAUCCCUUCCUACAUUACAGAUCUUCCAUCUGAAGUCCUUGCAACACCAUUUGGACAAGCAUUACGACCACUUCUUGACUCCAUCCAGAUCCAGCCACCUGGAGGAAAUACUUUUAGCAGACAUAAUGGACAGAGCUAGCAAACACAGUGAAAAAUAUCUCAAUUCAUAAGGGCAUUUCCUUUUAAAACUCCACUGUAUUAGAUACCUGUCUUAUAAGUUUAUGCCAUGGUUCAAAAGUGGCAUUUCGGACUUGAUAGGAAGAAUAUUUAUUGAAUUGCAUGUCAUGUGGUGAUAUCAGAAGAAAUAUGGUCAUAAAAUCAAAUAAUGUAUUUACUUAUUAAAGCUGUUUUUUGUCUUGGUUCACUUUUUUACUAUUCCCUACUAAGAAAGUGGAAAUUAGGAUAUCCACCUGCACAGUCUAAAAUAACAGGGAUAUCCUUAGCCAUCUCUUCCCAAAUAUACUAAUUUCAUUACCAUUGUUGCAGUAUUUUGUAACCUCAAAGUUGUAAAUUUAACGAUAUUAUACAAUACGCUUGAAUAUGCUUUUAAUUUUUAUAGAAGAAAAAAACUAAAAACAUUCACUGUGAAAUUAUUUUGAGAAAUACAGAAAAUACAGAAAAUAUAAGCCAGUCUGCAGUAGAAAUAAAUAUAUACAGUAAUAGAUUUUUAAGUGUGGAUUGUUGAUGCCAAAAAAAACCCUCUAUCACUUAUAUUGAAAAUCUGACCUUUUCAAUACCAGAAAGAAUAGCCCUAACCCAUGUGCUAUGUUAAUCUUUUGUAUGUUAAAAAAAUGUACACUGGGUAGAAAUGAAUGUCUUACUGUAAGCAGUAACACCAUAUUUUAAGGAAGGCUAAAUGAAUUUGACUAAUACAAUAAAUAACAUAAUUUUCACAAAACUUAUGCAAUGUACAACUUUCAGAUAAGAGUGUAGACUAAUAAGUUUCAAUUCUGGAAACAUAUCCAAAAUCAAUUUUAAGACCUAUUAUUUAAGUCUGAGUUUUAAAUAUAUAAAUAUGGUUACAUUGGUUAUAUCCAUCCCUAUAAACACCCUCUUCUCCACAUGCUAACAUCCAGUUUGAAUCAGGAGAAUCUUGUAGCUGUUUCUUUUUAAAUCAACAAAAAAUAUCUAUUUAACCAGGUUUGGGGCCUACUUCAUUUUUUCCUGUAAAUAAUUGUAACAGAACACUAGAAUCAGUUUGAGGAGCAAACAGAUAUAAUAUGCCUUUCUUUCUUCUCUACUGAGCAUGAUUAAGAAAGCAUUAUAUGGCAAUGACAACUACUCUCUGAGAAAACACACAUACACCUACAUUUCCCUCAAUAUCAGGCUAUUUCAUUAUAUCAAUUUUUUAUUAAUUAAAUUGGAUUUUUUUCAGAAACUAGAAGAUUUUCCUUUGAGAGGCUAUUUAUUUGUCUCCAUUUUCUCCUAAUACUUGGGAAGAACAUUAGAAAAUCUGCUUUACUCAGAGAUAAUAUUCACUUGUACAAUGUAUUGACUAUAAAAUACAAAUCUAAUAAAGUAACUAGAUUGCAGUACAGAUGUUUUUGUCCCCUUUUUAAAAGGUUAACUUCUGAAAAAUUUAUGUGAUGGGCCACAAACCUCAUUAUCUAUAAACAUUACAGGAUUGCUUGCUGGAAUUUGUUGGCCAAAGAUACAGUAUUGGUGAUGCCAGAUGAGAAAGGCUGUUUUAAGUCUGAGGCUCAGAAAAAUUCUUGGUAGGGAAAACAAGUUUUCCUUCCUUAGGAAAAAUAGAAAAUUCUGAAUGAAUAGAACAGUAGAGAAAUGAGAAAGAAUGCUUCAUUAAUGCAUGCUUUUGAAAUGCCUCAGAACUUUUGUGCUGAAUUUUCAGAUUGCAAUCUGAUAAAGUAUUUUUCUAUUACAUAAGUAUUUUAUACCUCUAUUGAUUAUUGCAACACAGAAAGAAUUGGAGUGACAGUGAAUAUAGUUCUGAGUGUUCUUUCUAUAUGACAUACUGUACCUACUUUUAGACAUCUCUUCUCCAUCACAAUCAUUGUGGAUUUAUAAUAGAGGAGAAGAACUGCUGAUAUAACCUUUCUAAAAUUUAUUCCAUAACAUAUUGGAAGCAUUGGUUGAUUAAAAUAUCUUGAUUUCUUAAAAGCUACAUCCAAAACACACAUACUUUCUUCUAUACUCCAAAAGGUAAUGCUUUCUAGUAAACCUGUUUUGAAUUGUAGUUUUAAUAAUGUAAUUGAUUGCUUUUUCAUGUGUAACUUUUCAUCAUUCCUUCUGUCAAAUUUAAUGUACAUUUCUCCAUUUAACUAGUGCAUACGAGCAUAUGGAGAAAUGAAGAAAUUCCUGGUACUUAUUUAAUCAUAUUUUUGGAACUUUCCUUCCUAUAACUUUAGAAAAUGCAAAGUAAACUCAUGUUUACUCAGAAACAGGUACCACUUUUUCCUACAGGAUUUAUUCCCAAGUAAAUUUGCAACCCUAGGUAGUUUUCUUCACUAAGAGUAAAAAGAAUAUUCUACUUUUUGCAUUAUGAUCAUGUCCUCUCUACUGCUUCCAGUAAAGAAAGGAUUCUUUUGCUUUCUGGAAUACACUGUAGGCUCUAUUUUCAGUGAUGUGCAAUAAUAUUUAGAACUUCACUGAACAGAGACCUAAAAGAGGCUGCAUUUCAAAUUGGGGUCUCAAUUCUAGGAUCUGAAUGAUUAUUUAUAUGUUAUGUUCCACAUCAGUUGACACUAGUGACUAAGGUCAGUUCAGAGACAGCAGACCUGCUUUAUACUUGUGGAAAAAUAUACUGGUAGUUACAUUCAUAUCUUAACAUUUUUCCCAUCCUUAUAUUUAUAAGUCUAUAUAAAGUAUGAAAUGUGCAUGUAUUUAAAUUGAUAUACUUUUAACCUGUCAAUGGGCAUGGAAAGCUGAGCAGCCUGUACAUGACAGCAAAGAUCUGGCUUAAUUAACAGGUCUGUCAUUUCCAGGAAUUCCAUAUUGUUUUUGUUUUAUAAUUAAAAUAAAGCCUUUGUCGGAACCCA